AUGACGAUAGCUCAUGAGGAAUUUCGAAUGCCUGAAUUGGACUCUUUGAAUCAAUUAUUGGAUCUUGGAUUAGAAUAUGAGGAAUCGGAGCCAUAUAUGGUCGUAACGAUGACUAACGAUCAAAAAGCUCGUGAUUUGGGAUCGAGGGCAAUUUUGGUAAAACACGUCCUUAAACAUUGGGCUGAUGCCGCCUCGUACGAUGACCUGCAUAAUAUGAACAAGGCCAAUCAUUCGUUCUGGGAUGGCUAUGUAGAAAGUGCCUCAUUCAAAAUCACUGUCACAAGCUUCAAGUCUACGCUUACACAGGCCCGAAAGAGCGAGAUCAUCGAGUCAUUAUCGUACAUGGACUUUAAAGGACCCAUUCAACUCAAUCAACCUGACGUCGAAAUCAUGAUCAGUGAAGAACAUCAUAAUCGGUUAGGACGAAUGACUAACAUUCAACUUCGAAGGGUAUGGCUUGGAGAAAAGUUGUGUGAUGGUCAAAGAAGUUUAGUAGAUCGAUUUGAUCUUAAAAAACGAGCAUAUAUCGGUAAUACAUCCAUGGAAGCAGGUUUAUCAUUAUUGAUGGCCAAUCAAGGACUUGUGCGUGACUCCAGUUUUGUGACUGACCCCUUCACUGGUACGGGAUCAAUGUUAUACGCCGCAGCGUGGUUUGGAGCAUUCGUCUUUGGAAGCGAUAUUGAUGGGAGACCUAUCAGAGGAAAAGGAUUACAAGUGGAUAUAAGCUUUGACUUGACGAUUUUUUUUUGCGUUUUUUUACUGUUAUCUGGUUUGUUCGUAUCUAUAGAGCGGUGUGCCAAACGACUUGGAAGAAAAGAUAACUCAAAGCUAAGGGAUGAGCCAUAUAUGCUUCCAGAUGGAACAUGGUCACACGAGUUGAGUUCAUUCCAUUUCUCGUCUCCGAUAGAUCAUACCCAAAGUUUUUUUGUUGUGGGUGAAAUCGAUGAUAGGAAAUCAGAUUAUAUUCCACCUUCACGACCUUGGGAGAUGAGUGAAGUCUUGGAAGGUUUACUUGAAUUCUCAUUACGAAUGCUAAAACCAAAUGGAAGAUUAGUAUAUUGGCUACCAACUGUCACUGAGGAUUAUAAAGCAUGUGACGUACCACAAAUCCAUGGAAUGGAAUUAGUGGCAAACUCGUGUCAAGAUUUUGGAAAAUGGCAAAGACGAGUGAGUGAAUUGAUUAAUUUUAGGAUUUAA